AAGAUUCUUUUUAAAGUGAUUACUUAGGAGUAAUAUUUCCUCAUCAUGUCUGAACUAUCACCUGAAGAAAUUCAGCUGAGGGCCAACCAGGUCACCGAUGAGUCUUUGGAAAGCACAAGGAGGAUUCUUGGCUUGGCCAUUGAGUCCCAGGAUGUUGGGAUCAAAACUAUUACCAUGCUGGAUGAACAGGGAGAACAACUAAAUCGCAUAGAAGAAGGCAUGGACCAAAUAAAUAAGGAUAUGAGAGAAGCUGAGAAGACACUGACAGAGCUCAACAAAUGUUGUGGGCUCUGUGUCUGUCCUUGUAACAGGACGAAGAGCUUCGAGGCUAGUAAAGCAUACACAGCAACCUGGGGAGAUGGAACAGAGAACUCAGUAGAUCAUGUGAUAUCCAUGCAACCAAGAAGCAUAAAUCGGCAGCAGCCUCAAAGUUCUGGAGGACCAAGUGGUGGAUAUAUUACAAGGAUAACAAAUGAUGCCAGAGAAGAUGAAAUGGAUGAAAAUCUAGCUCAAGUGGGAAACAUUCUUGGGAAUUUGAAAAACAUGGCUUUGGAUAUGGGCAAUGAGAUUGAUGCCCAGAAUAAACAAAUAGACCGGAUAAAUGUAAAGGCUGAUACAAACAGGGAUCGCAUUGAGCAAGCCAACAUCAGAGCCAAGAAAUUAAUUGAUAAUUAAUGCCUGUUGUCAUUGUUCAAUGCCACUGUCUCUCCAGCUGCAAGCCACCAUGUUCAUGAAUCUGUGAAACUUCUCCUAUUCUGAAAUAAGAGGGGCUGGGAAAAAUGAAGCAGUGCCCUUUCUAUAGGGAUUAAUUUCCUUUUAUUGCUUCAUGUAAAUAUGGCCAUGACUCCCAAGGAAGCAGCCAACUUUCUUCUACUCAUCUGCCUCCACUUUCUUUAAACUGCUCAGGGCUAAAAGUGUUACGGCUUUGAGAAUCUUGCAUGUUUUAUUUCCCCCUCAGUUCCGUUUUUGUCCUUUUUUUUUUUUUAAUUAUCUUAUUUUCCUGCGCCCAAAGUUACAGUCCUUUAUUGAAGUUGAACAAGCAGGGUAACCUGAAUUCACAGUUGUGGAGUUGGAGAGAGCACUUUGCACUGUUUGAAAUACCUCAUAAAUUGAGUUUCUUCACUAAAAUAGGGACUUGGUGACCAUUGUCUGACUUGUAUCUCUAGCAUGCUAACCAUUUUACAAUCCAAACCACAUGAUUGGUUUGGGCUUGAGUUGGUGGAUCACAGAAUUGAAGAGACCCAUUACUUACAACUUGUAGGUUGAGGGCUUUAACACAUUUCCUAACCACAUGAACUUUAAGGUGAUAGUAACUGGAGGGAUAUACAGGUUU